GUAUCUACCGCCUUCCCAAGGCUAUCCACGGAGCAGACUGCUCUGUCACCUGGGACGUUCCUUUGCUGGCCUUGCCAAACCCAGCAGAUGGUGGAAAGGUUUUGGGUUUCCUCAUGGAGCUUCGAACUGACCCAGCCAAGAACUGCACAGGACUGCCGACAGGUGACAGCUUGAACGAAGACCGGACGGUCGAGGAGGCCCUGGCAGAAAAAAAGCCGAAGCCGCUUCGCCGGGGUCAUGUCUGGCACGCUUUCGAUGAGUCGCGCUUGGCACGAAAGACCCUGCCCAUGCACUUGUCCACCUACCAUCCCCUCAACUCGCCCUGCCGGAGUGAAUCUGUGGUCAGUGCCUUCCUUCUCCAGAAUGCCACGCAGAUCGUCACAUGCGGCCACUUCCCAUCCAUGUCAGAGCCAGACCAGGUGGUGUGGAUCAGCAGUGCUACAGGGGAGCGGCUGCGGUCCGCUGCCCUACCUGGCUGGGCCAGCGUCUGCCGUGAGGCUCCAGGUGUGGGGGCUGUUGGUCUCCUUGCAGCGGGAGACUUCGGCCUGUUGGCCCUGAGUGCGGAGGGCACGCAGGUUUGGACUGCUGACGUGGGAAAGGUCGAGACAAUGUCUUCGGUGAGGGGUGGCAAUGUGGCCGUGGUCAUGUCCAACAAGACCGUGAUUGUCGUCGCAGUGUCCUCCGGCGCUGUGGUGGCCCAACGUGGCUUUGGAUACAGCUACGUCACUGCUGUCGAAAUGUUCACAGAUGGUCGAGUUGCUGUGGGAGCAUACACCAACAACAGAGCUACCAAUGCGGUCCAGAUUGCUCGCAUGGAGAUCUACAGCUCGGACCUCCAAGAGCGUCUGACACAGACUUGGGGAAUGUUUACCGCAAAACAGCUGGACGAUGCUCACAACAUGGCUGACACGAGGGUGUAUGGACUGGUCAUUGACGACCUCGAGGAGCACGUCUACGUGGCUGGGGAGUCUGCAGGGGGCAACACGAUCUUCCGUUGGAAUGGCCAGGACCUUGCUACGAACACCGCCCGGGACACUGGAACCCCAAUGUGGAUGGCCAAAUCAGAUGCUCAUGUGGGCUAUGUGGGCCGCGUCCGAGCCAAAGACGGCCAUGUGUUGGGAGGCACGUUCAUCGCGCCCAUCCUUCGCUCCCAGCAGAGGCUGAACACAUUCAGGAUGAAAGGCAGUGCUCUGCAGUUCGACUCCAAGAGCAACUCCCUCUACGUCAUGGGAACCUCCACGUGUUGCAUCCCGGGUCGGACGGCUUUCACCUUGGCGGGGCAGAGGGUGGAUGGUGGGGACCCAGCUGGCUACGCUGGGAGCGACCCAAGCCUGGUUGUCUUCGACUCGGAGCUUAGGCAGCGCCGGGCAUGGACCACAUUUAGCCGCUGGCGCAACAAGGGCACACCGGCAGGCCUAUCCAUCAAGGAUGGACUCAUGACCAUUGCCGUCACCACUCACGGAGGCGAAGCAAUUACCACGCCCAAUGCCUUGUUCCCAAACGCAUCGGAAUCUGAGGACCAGACCUGCGAGAUGCCAGAAGACACCAAGCUCACGGAUGUGUGGCUGGCAGUUUUGCCGUCGCUGCCGCCGGUAGGAACACCGAAGUUCCCGAAGGACCGUCAAAGGCGCAUCUUUGUGGGCCGCCUGCGGCUGCGCGUCCGCUCGGCCGCAAGCUUCGUGGAUGACAUGGCGGCCCGAAGGGGCCUGCGGAGGGGCCUGGCCCGAGCAAUGCAGGUCCCAGAAGAUAACGUCAACAUCACCAGUGUCAGCGUGGUGCCAGCGGUGGGGGGUCGCCGGUUGGCUUCGCUGAGCGAGCUGGUUGUGGAAUACACAGUGACUGAAACAGAGGAGUCGGAGCUGGACACAGCUGCUCUUGAGGAGAUGGUCCAGAAGGUUGAGCAGAACUCGACUGCAGUCAUGGGCGAACUUGUGUCUGCCAUCGCCGAGUUGGCGCCAGAGUUUGCCACCGCCAUCGAGGAGGUCCAGGUGGAUUUAGAGGCAGUGAACAUUACUGAGAGCUCCUUGGCCACCUCUUCAACUUCAACAGAACCUUCCACCUCCUCUGCCUCCAGCAGCUCCCCGAACUCUACGGAUUCCACUUCAGAGGAGCUGGUCGCGGCGGAUGUCACGGAGAGCACUACGCAUGAGUUCCACGCAGAGCAGGAUGCUCUUAGCUCCAGCAGUGGGCAGCAAGGAGGAGCCUUGUUGUUGACAGUUUUGGUGGCGGUGCACCGUGCCAAAUGGCUAUGA